UGUUUCAAACCUUUGUGUAUUUGAUAAAUCUUUCUUUUGACUUUGUUUUUUUAACCACUGAUCAUUUUAUAACAGAUAUUUCCAUGUCCAGUUUCAGCUGCUGUGUUUCCUCUCGUUGGAGAAGCUGAAAACUGUGGGUCGUCCCCAUGGCUCUUAAAACUGUUUUCUUACUGUUACUGUGGGACGUCUCUUUGUUGAUCCCCUGUGUCACGUCUUUGUACAAUGUCACCUGCUCGACCGACUACCAGACUGAAGUGAAUUGCUCCUGUUCAGGAAUAACCACGUAUCCCAUCAAAGUGAACGUCAGCUGCAGGGACGAAGAAGUGGCUGAAGGCAGCUGUGAAAUCCACUGGCCUCGGUCCUGGUGCGUGAUGAACCUGAUGAACCUCCAUGAAGUUGCAUUCGUCGGGGUCAUGUGCACCACGAAUGCCAGGCACCAGGCUGAUAAUGAGAUAAUGGCGGAGACCGUGUCAUCCAGCUGGGAUUUGAGCAUCUCGGUGAAACCUAAGACUCCUUCCAACGUUCGAGUGACAUACACUGACGGACUCUACAACGUCUCCUGGGUCAACCACAACCCAGAAGACAGCCUCCAGUACAGGGUGCGCAUAAGAGAGACCAAAGAUCUGUCAAAGCCUCCGGUUCAUCCCCUUCUCAUCACGGAGUCCCAGUACAUCCUGCUGCACCACAGCAAACUCCAGCCGGGUGUCAACUACACUGUGGACGUUCAGGCCAAAAUGGCUCCUGGCCAUCUUUAUCAGGGUCCGUGGAGCGAGUGGAGCGCUGCAGUGGCGUGGAGAAUGGCAGGAGGAGCUUCAGUGGGAGUUGAAGGGAUUUAUGGAUAUUGUUGGUUCUUCCUCCUCCCCAUCUUUCUUGUCUUCUGCAUCCUUUUGUGGUAUUUCCAAAAACAGUUUUGGCCGAAGAGACUCCAGAUGGUGACGUUCAUCCCAAGAGCAAACGUGUUUUUCGAACCUCUGUACCACGACCAUGGAGGAAACUUCAAGGAGUGGGUGAAGCCUUUAUUCAGCGAGUGUGAUUACCUGAGGAUCGACUCUCACCUUCAACUGAUGAACGAGAAGCAGCACGACGUCCCUCAACGGAGCGAGGAGAAGAAAAGCUUCAGAGAGGACGAUGAGACGAGUAAUGGCGGUCGCUUCCUCCACGUGCUGCGGCCUCAGAGCAACCUGCUGCUGCACUUCCCGGGCGACGGCAGCUCGCAGGGCACCGGCCACUCAGCCGGACACGUCUCCAUCCACACGGUAACCCUGUCCGGAGAGGAGUAUGAGGAGGACGUCAUGUCGCAGAGCUCCGCAAACACCCUCAGGAGCUACCACGAUGGAGAAAGCUUUGGUUCGUUCCAAGAGGUCGACAGAGAGCAUGCUGGGUACGACUUAGAGGAACCUCAGCUGGACAGACAAAGAGAGAUGUUGCAAGAGCAUGAAAACAAAAUAUCCAACGAGUUAUCAGAAGUGGGGAAUAUAAACUUUCAGCCGCUCGCUGAGUUCAAUGAGCCGGAGAGGAUUUCACUUGACUCCUUCGCCUUAAACGAGGAGGACGGCUACCCUUGUGUGGACUUGGACACCAUUGACAGCGGUUUUGCGGAGUGCAGCAGCCCGGGGGCGUCGGACUCAGACACAGCAGAGCAGAUGGACUCCAAUUUAUUCCAGGAGCAAAAAUACUCAAAUUCAAACUACGUGAAGCAGUGGAUGAUAUGUAACACUAUUCAAGAGGACGCCAGCAACUCAGACAAUGAACUACGUGAAACACAGUGA